AUUCAUGUUCCCUCUUCACGGGGCUGAGAUCUUCGUCACUGUAGGAUCUAAUGAGAAGAAAACUCUCCCUAUGGGCACUUACGGAAUUCCCGAAGGCCAUAUCUUGGAUAGUCGAAGUCUCUCAUUUGCCAAAGGCAACUGCUUGUAAGGGUGAGGCCCACGUUAUUUUGAACUCCCUAAGCAGUGAUUUCCUUGAGAGUUGGCAAUACAUUGCAAUGUUUGGCAGAUCCCUCGAGCUUGGGAAGAAGGAUAUCCAAACAAACAGAAACCUUCCAAUGCUACCUUUCUCAAAGAACCCUUCGUUCCAUACCAUUGAUCUCAAUGAGGCGCAAAAACAUCAAUCGGGACUUCUUAAUAGCUCAUGCCCUCAUGUACCGAAUCAGCAAAGCUCUGGGGCUACUGCUGGAGAACCUUGACUCUUCCAAGGCGAUGCACUUAGACGGUGUCGACUCUCUAGUCGUGGUGGAGCUGCGGAUUUUGAUUUUAAGUCCAAAACAGAUGCGGGAGUGGCUGUCUGCGAAAUUCUGGGCAAUUCAACAAUCAAGGAUAUUGGGAGAUUGGUGGCCGGCAAAAGCAGAGGUAGCCUCGAUGGUGUUGGUGAU